AUGGUGUCCGCAGUGCUCACGUUACUACGAGUAUAUGCAGUGACCGGACGUGACUGGCGUCCCACCAUAAUUUUUGCGUUGCUAGCCUGCGCAAAUUUGGGGCUCGAUAUUGUCCUCGACCUCGUGAACAAAUCAACCGGGGUCAUCGUACUAGAAUCAACGGCAAUAUGCUACUCGUUCCCACAGAAUUCGUUUGCGAGCACCUACACAAAGCUCAACACAAUUCUUGUCUCUCGGAUUUUGCUGAAUAUCCAAGAAACGGCCCGAGCCGCGCAGAGGGAGCAAUCCGAUACUCCCUCGUUUGUGCGCUCAGGCCAUGGCGUGCAGACUGAAGCGUACAUCGACAUUCCCAGCCUUGUGAUCCUUUCUGACGCCUCAAACAGCGUCCCUGCAAUCGGUUCAGAGACGGAACCUUCUGUAGCCACCGCCAACCGGAUAAACGCUGUUGUGAACGAGACCAUGAUUGCCGGCCCUUCGAAUCAACACCGUCAUCACGAAGCACAGCAAGUUGAGAUGUCCAUGGAAGCUGGACCCUCUGGACAAGGCCGCGAGUACGAUGUGGAGCAAGGGCAGGCAGAGGGAGAGGCCGCCGAGGAUUGGGAGGAAGAAGACGAUUGGGAGGACGACUACUAA